AUGGCUCAGAACUCUGCCUCCCAAAACCCCACGGGUGAGCCUACGGCUCCCCUUACCAGCGCACCCCCUCAGGUCGACGAACAGACGCGCACCCAGAUCGCCGAUGCCGCCGCAAAGGACGCCCAGGGCCAGCACCAGGGUGGCGAUGCCGCUCCCAAGGUGAAGACCGAGAAGGAGUUGGAAAAGGAGCGCAAGAAGGCCGAGAAGGACAAGAAGUUUAAAGAGAAGCAAGCGGCCAAGGCUGCUAAGGCUGCUGCCACCAAGGACGCACCUCCCAAGGCCGACAAGAAGGCCAAGCCCGAGAAGGAAAAGACCACCGAUGCAUACGACCCUCACGUUAUCGAGGCUGGCCGUCUCGAUUGGUGGGAGGAGCGUGAUCUCUUCAAGCCCGAAUUUGGCCCUGAUGGCAAGGUCAAGCCCGAGGGUUCCUUUGUUAUUCCUAUUCCCCCUCCUAACGUUACCGGUUCUCUUCACAUGGGUCACGCCCUCACCAACGCCCUCCAAGACACUAUGAUCCGUUGGCAAAGAAUGAAGGGCAAGACCACACUGUGGCUUCCUGGAAUGGACCACGCCGGUAUCUCCACCCAGAGCGUUGUCGAGAAGAUGCUGUGGAAGAAGGAGAAGAAGACCCGUCACGACAUUGGCCGUGAGGCCAUGGUUGGUCUGAUUUGGGACUGGAAGGACGAGUACCACAAGAACAUCAAGAACGCCCUGCGCCGUGUUGGUGGUUCUUUCGACUGGAGCCGUGAGGCCUUCACCAUGGACCCCAACCUGUCCGCUGCUGUGACCGAGACCUUCGUUCGUCUCCACGAGGAGGGUAUCAUCUACCGUGCCAACCGCCUCGUCAACUGGUGUGUGCACUUGAACACUUCUCUGUCUAACCUCGAGGUUGAGAACAAGGAGAUCGAGGGCCGCACACUUCUCGAUGUGCCCGGUUACGACAAGAAGGUCGAAUUUGGUGUCUUGACUCACUUCUGCUACGAGAUUGAUGGCAGCAAGGAGCGCAUUGAGAUUGCUACCACUCGUCCCGAGACCAUGGUUGGUGACACUGGUAUUGCUGUUCACCCCGACGACAAGCGCUACCAGCACCUCAUUGGCAAGAAUGCCCGUCAUCCUUUCGUGGACCGUCUGCUUCCUAUUGUUGCUGACAAGGAGGUCGACCCCGAGUUCGGUACUGGUGCUGUCAAGAUCACCCCUGCCCAUGAUUUCAAUGAUUUCAACCGUGGUAAGGCCCACAACCUGGAGUUCAUCUCCGUCAUGAACGAUGACGGUACCUUCAACAAGCAUGGUGGUCCCUUCGCCGGCAUGAAGCGCUUCGAUGCCCGUUACAAGGUCAUUGAUGCUCUCAAGGAGCAGGGUCUGUACGUGAAGUGGGAGCACAACCCCAUGAAGGUUCCCCGCUGUGCCAAGUCCAACGAUGUCAUUGAACCCAUCCUCAAGCCCCAGUGGUGGAUGAAGAUGGAGAGCUUGGCUAAGCCUGCCAUCGAGGCAGUCGAGAACGGCGAUAUCAUCAUUCGCCCCGAGUCCGCCGAGAAGAGCUACUUCCGCUGGAUGCGCAACCUGAACGACUGGUGUCUGUCCCGUCAGCUCUGGUGGGGUCACCAGGCCCCUGCCUACUUCGUCAAGAUUGAGGGCGAGGAUGGCGAUGACAGCGACGGCAACCUAUGGGUUACCGGCCGCACUGAAGAGGAUGCCCAUAAGAAGGCCGAGGAGAAGUUCCCCGGCAAGAAGUUCUCUCUGGUCCGGGAUCCCGAUGUUCUCGACACAUGGUUCUCUUCUGGUCUGUGGCCCUUCUCUACUCUGGGCUGGCCCCGCCAGACCCACGACUUCGAGAACCUGUACCCUACCUCCGUUUUGGAGACUGGCUGGGAUAUUCUCUUCUUCUGGGUCGCUCGUAUGAUCAUGCUAGGUAUUAAAAUGACUGGCAAGAUUCCCUUCAAGGAGGUCUACUGUCACUCCCUGAUCAGAGAUUCCGAGGGCCGUAAGAUGUCCAAGUCUCUGGGUAACGUUAUUGAUCCUCUGGAUGUCAUGGAGGGUAUCCAAUUGCAGACUCUCCACGACAAGCUGCAGCUGGGUAACAUUGCCGAUAAGGAGAUUGCCACUGCUACCAAGUACCAGAAGAAGGCUUUCCCCAAGGGUAUCCCCGAGUGCGGUGCUGACGCUCUCCGCUUCGCCCUUGUUUCUUACACCACCGGAGGUGGUGAUAUUGCUUUCGAUAUCCAGGUUAUCCACGGCUACCGUAGGUUCUGUAACAAGAUCUACCAGGCUACCAAGUUCGUUCUUGGCAAGCUAGGUGAUGACUUCAAGCCCCAGGCUGCUGUUAAGAAGACUGGCCACGAAUCUCUCUCCGAGCGCUGGAUUCUGCACAAGUUCAACGCCGCCGCCAAGGAAAUCAAUGAGGCCCUUGAGCAGCGUGAGUUCUCCCAAACCGCCCAGAUCUCCUACCAAUACUGGUACGCCCAACUGUGCGAUGUGUUCCUCGAGAACUCCAAGUACCUAUUGGCCGCCGAGGCCUCGCCCGAGACCCAGGAGUCUGCCAAGCAGACCCUCUACACUGCCCUCGACGGUGCUCUGACCAUGAUCCACCCCAUCAUGCCCUUCGUCACCGAGCACCUGUGGCAGCGUCUUCCCCGCCGCGCAGGCGACGAGACCAUCUCGAUCAUGAAGGCCAAAUACCCUGAGUACAUUGCCGAGUUCGAUGACCCCGCCGCCGCCGACGCCUACGAGCUCAUCCUCAACUCCUCCAAGGCUAUCCGUUCAAUUCUGGCCCAGUACGAUGUCAAGACCCAGGGCGACAUCAUCAUCCAGACCUACGAUGCCACCAGCGAGAAGACCAUCUCCGAGCAGAUGACCACCAUCAAGUCUCUGGGUGGUAAGACCCUCGGCGAGCUGACCCACCUCGGCCCAGACAACAAGAACCCCCCAUCCGGCUGUGUUGUUGCCCCCGUCGGUGCCGAGGCCGCCGUCUACCUCCGCGUCUCCAAGGAGGUCGCCCUCGAGCAAGAAGAGAAGGCCAAGGCUAGUCUCGACAAGGCUCUCUCGACUGUUCGCAAGUCUCAGGGUAUCAUGAACGGCCCUGGCUGGAAGGACAAGGUCAAGGCUGAGGUUCGUGAGGCUGAGGAGAAGCGUCUUCGUGAUGCUGAGAGCGAGGCUGCUCGUCUUGAGGAGCAGAUUAAGGAGUUUGAGAAGCUGCGCUUGGAGUGA